AUGCCAAGGCACGUGAACUGGCGGCAGCGUGGCCAAAAACAGAAACAGAAACAACAAAGCUGCCAUGACUUUGCCUGGCUGUGGACCAGUCUGCUGUUGCUGGGCAGCAUCUGGAGCACCGGAGCGCAUUUUCACAAAUGGAAAAUCCUGCAGAGAAGCUUUCGCUACAUGCAGGAGACGAUGCUGAGAAACAGCUUGGAACGCGCGCAUCUCAACUAUGGAAUUGUGUUUGAGUGCCGCACCAUCUCCGACAUUGAUGUGGGCGAUGAUUCACACUUCGAUUUGCAGCUGGGCGACUUGAGCGGAUUCCGUCGCUUGGAUGACAAAAAGAAGUUGGCCUUGUUUUUGCAUGGCUGGAACGAUCAAGGCAGCAAGGAAUGGGUCCAGGAGUUAUUGUUCACCUGGACGCUCUUCGACGAGCGCUACAAUGUGUGCGUUGUGGAUUGGGGCCAUUUGUCGCAGAAUGACUACAAAAGCGCCUCGAUGUCCAUAUUCGAUGUUGGCCUGACAGUGGCGGGCAUAAUCAUUGCCCUGGAGGAGAUGCGUCCGCGUCAGUUCAAUCGUCAGAAUGUGACCCUUGCGGGCUAUAGUCUGGGUGCUCAUGCAGCUGGAUAUGCGGGCGCUGUGCUCGAUGGCAGGGUUGAGCAAAUUAUUGGACUGGAUCCGGCUGGACCGCUGUUUACAUUGCCAGCGGCUGUUUCGCCCAAAUAUCGUCUGGAUCAAACGGAUGCACAAUACGUUCAGGUCAUGCACACCUCGAGCGGCACAUUGGGCACCAGUUUGAAAUGUGGCCACGCCGAUUUCUAUCCGAACGGUGGCCGAGCACCCCAACGAAAUUGUCAGAUGUUUAUGAGCAUGAGCGACAUGCAGAACACGAAUCCCAUUGCGUGCAGCCACUCGACGGCUGCCAUAUUCUUCAGACAGUCCCUGGAUCCGCAAUACCCCUUCAUGGGCUAUCAGUGUGAUAGCUAUCGCAGCUAUGCCGCUGGCCGUUGCGCCAAUAAUCUGCGUGCCCGCUUUGGGAUUCACUCGCAUCGUCGGCCGGAGGGCAGCUUCUACUUCGACACCAUUUCGAGCCAUCCGUAUGUGAAGCGACAGCGUUCGGUUCGCCUGCGCAAUUGGGAUUGGGAAUGGGAACUGGAACGGGAACGGGAACGGAAUCAGAAUCCUGGUGGCCGUCAAAUGAGUGAAGCUCGUUCCGGAGAUCUUCUGCUUGGACGUCUGUGGCGACGCACCUGGCAAAGGCGGAGUCGGGAACGCAAUCGCUGCCCUUCGAGUACUGGCAAGGAUAGAUUAGAGUAG